AUGACAGUGACUCGAGUCGUAUCUCUCCAUGAGAAAUCACCGGUACUCCAUGCAAAGAACUUCCAAGAUCGAGGCCAAUCAAGGCACCAAGACGUCGCAGUCGGAGGGCUCGAACAUACAACGGUCGGCCGAGCCAUCUGUGUUGGUGAGAACCCGUCCUCAGAAGACCUGUGGCGAGCCUACAUCCAAUACGAGCAGAUUGAAGAGAAUGCCAACGCAGUCAAGAUGCUCUCCCGGGUAGGUAGGAGGUACCAUCUUGUCCGUUUCUACAGAUCAUACAAACAAAAACAACUUAAAGCUGGGGAAACCCCUGGCAAAGCUAAACUGCCAGGAUCCCAUUAG